UUCGAUGGUCCCGUCCUCGAGAUCACACUGUAGUUUAUGUUUCACACCCUUUUUUGGCGUAAUGUUUAUCAAUGAGAAUUAAAAAGUGCCCCUGACUCACGUUCCCAUAUCGCCUCGCUGUCCUAUUCAUUAUGUUUCUUACGCUCGUACAGGCAAAGUGUUUAUCAGUGAAUAGUGUAGCGGAAAAUUUUAUUCGAUAACAAUGCCCAAACACAGAAAACGGAAAAUCAAAGAGUUCCAAAGCACAAUUAGGAGGAAAAUAAGAAAAUUAGAACUAAUGUUGGAUAAAUUAUCCUCAAGUGAGUCAGACUCUUCUGAAAGCACACAGGAUACAUCAGAUUCACAAGAAUCAGUUUUAUCUGCACAAAGUCAGAGUGUUCAGCAAGUUUGCCAGUCGUCAGAUCUUCCCAACCAGCAAGAACAUCCGGAAUUCUCCAUUGAAGCCCUCCUUGGGUCAAGGCCACAAAAUGAAACAGAGGAAGGGGCAGAAAUAGCUCCUGAGUUGGCCGUACGGUGGGAAUCGUUCCUUUUAUGUGGUUUAGACAAAGAGGUUCGAAAAAAGUUACUGGAACAGUGGAUUGUGCCCCGAAACUGUAAAAGUUUACGGGCUCCAAGUCUAAACCCAGAGGUCCAGGCGCUAUUAUCUCCAAUAGACCUGAAAAAAGACAAGUUCAUAGAGAACCUUCAAGAAAUAAUAGGGAAAGGUAUCACAGCCGAAGGAACAGCUCUCACAAAAAUCCUAGAACAUAGCAAUACUGAUCCUUCGAUCACCCAAGCCUUAGUGGACUCCGGAAAAUUACUGACAGACAUGUUUCAUAAUAUUUCACUACACAGAAAGUAUCAACUCUACAAAUAUUUCAAUGAUGCUGUUAAAAAAAUUGCAUCUCAACAAAAAAUUGACACCUAUUUGUUGGGUUCCGACUUUACUGAAAAAUGCAAAUUAGCAAAAACAGUUGAAAAUACAGCUCAGGAAUUGAUAAAAAAUAGAGAGCAACAACCAUCAACGAGUCGUCAUUUAAACUCACAGCGUCCAAACUACAAGAAAAGGAUGAAGACCGAAGAAAGAAGGGGGGGAGAGCGAUAUGUGACAUACAACAAACAAACGAAGAAGCCAGCGAGAGACAGAAGAAUGAAAAAAGAUCCCCAAUACUACACCCGGAACAGAAUCCAACGGAAUUAGAGGUAGGUUAUGGCGGUAGAAUUAGCAACUAUCUUCAUAACUGGGAACAAAUAACCCAAGAUAAAAACAUACUCUGUUGGGUGAAAGGGUAUAAAAUACCCUUUAUUACAAAACCUUUUCAGAAAAAAGUUCCCAAUACUAAUUCAUCACCAGAAUUUCAAGUGUGUAUUAAUAACCUUUUGAAAAUAGGUGCCAUCAAAAAAAGUAAACAUUGUAAAAAUGAAUUUAUAUCAUCAUAUUUCAUUAGGAAAAAGCCGAAUGGUAAAAACCGAUUUAUCUUAAACCUGAAAAAACUCAAUAAAUACUUGAAUUGUCCACAUUUCAAAUUGGAAGACUAUCGUACAGUAAAAAAUCUCGUAGUUGAUAACUGCUAUAUGGGGAAUAUUGAUCUCAAGGAUGCGUAUUUUCUUUUAUCAAUAGAUAAAUCCGAUAGGAAAUAUCUAAAGUUCCAAUACAAAAACCAGCUUUAUGAAUUCACAUGUUUGCCAUUUGGACUUUCUAUUGCCCCAUUUGUUUUCACGAAAAUUUUCAAACCAAUUUCUAAUCAUUUGAGAAAACAAGGUCUUGUUUCCGUCAUAUAUCUAGAUGACAUUUUAUUAUUAGGAAAAACUAAAGAAGAGUGCCAAAACAACAUUACCUAUACUGCAGAUUUAUUAUCAUCUUUAGGGUUUUUAAUAAAUAAGGAAAAAAGUAACUUAAAACCCACUCAAAACAUUAAAUAUCUGGGUUUCGAAUUCAAUAGUAGAGACAUGACUAUGUCUCUGACUCCUGAAAAAGUUCAAAAUAUAAUUUCUUUACUGGAAGUAUCGAAAAGAAAGUCCCAAAUAAAAAUAAGAGAUUUUGCAAAACUCAUAGGUACGCUGGUAUCCAUUUGUCCAGCAGUCCCAUAUGGCUGGGUACACAUCAAAAAUUUUGAGCGAGAGAAAUAUAAAGCCCUAAAGAUACAUGGGGAUUAUAGCAAAAUAAUGGAAUUACCAGGCUACCUAAAAACAGACUUCUUAUGGUGGUUAAAAAAUAUCACGAAUAGUAAAAUGUCGUUAAAAGGGAUAUCUUAUGUGCUAACAAUUCACACUGAUGCCAGUAGCUCCGGCUGGGGGGCAAUGUGUAACGGAAAAAUAGCAAAGGGAUUCUGGGAUAUCAAAGAAAAAACUUUCCAUAUCAACUACUUAGAAUUAUUAGCAGCUUUUAGGGGUUUACAAUCCUUUGGGAAAAAUUACACAAAGUGUAAUAUACUGUUGCGAAUAGAUAAUGUAACUGCAAUAUCUUAUAUAAAUAAAAUGGGAGGAAUUAAAUUCAUAGAAUUAAAUAAAAUUACUCGACAAAUAUGGGAGUGGUGUGAGAAUCGUGAAAUGGUUAUUUUUGCAUCGUACAUAAACACAAAAGACAAUACACUUGCAGAUAGAGCAUCGCGCGAAAAAAAUAUAGAAACCGAAUAUUCUUUAGAUGAUGAAGCAUUCGAAAACAUUUGUAGACUAUUUGGUACUCCGCAAAUAGAUUUGUUUGCUUCAUACCAAAACAAAAAGUGUACAAAAUUUAUUUCCUGGUAUCCUGACCCGGAAAGUGAGGCAGUAGACGCAUUUACUUUAAAUUGGU